UACGACCGGAAGUGGUACGUCAGAUAAUGUGUUCCCCCUUUCCUAGAGCUUCCUGUUUUGCUGCUGUCAUUGAUUUUUAUGACUGAUCCCAACUGAGCCUGUGUGUCUCCUGUAUUGCCCUCAUGGCUGCCGGUCACUGCCCCAGUAUUAUACCGCUCUCCUAGCCAUGUAGUCCGGGGCUUGUGUGCACCUUCUGCCUGCCGUGUAUCUCCUCCAUGAUGUCGGGGCCUCAGUCUUCAGUUCUGGGUGGUCGCCCUCAGCCCCCGGUCAUGUGCUCCAGCUCCUGGCAGGGUCAGGCUGAUCUGGCUGCGGUGGUGAAGUUAUCUGCUGCAGACUUUCCUGCCCAAGAAGAAGAAGAGGAGGAGAAGGAGGAGCCCUCUAGGGAGCACUGUGCAGUCCUGGAGCUACCAUCAUCCUCACAAGUCGACUCUCCAUGUACCUUGUCUUUACUGUGUGCGCCUCAAGGGAAAGAUCGAAUACUGAGUAUUACUGUCUGCAGUGAAGCCAGGACCAUUGAGGUUUAUGGUGGGUCCCCAGAUGGACAUGAAGAGGAGUACCUGGGCACCAGUCGAGGGGAGAGAUACUGCACCUUUCCAAGCAGUGAAGAAGAUGGUUCUGCUGUUUUGUACAAAGCUCACCUGAAGUUUGAGUUCCCAGCACCAUCAUGUACUGUCAAGCUGCUGUCGCUUGGUGGCAGGAGCCGUGUCCUAGUGAGUGAGAUUUCAGUGCAAAUGACCUCUGUCCCAGAAAGAUGUUCUCAAGCCUCAUGCCUGCCAGAGCUGUCCAUAAAUCUAGAUCGUGUACAGAGUAUUAUGGACAGUAUGGGUGGAAAAAUGUCACCCGGGGCAGAGCAGUUGAUGAACAUGGUGCGUGCGCAGCAGAAGCAUCAGGUACCUUUUGGAGCUCACUUUAUGCAGCUGUUUGGGAGCUUCCAGCAUGGAAGGGGUCAGAUGAAGGAGGAGGCCAGACAACCAACACUUUCAGUUAAUACGAUUACUGAUAAGAAGACAGAAAUCCCGGUUUCCCAGUCUUGCCCCUCAGUUCAACACACAAGUCCUGAAAAUGAUAUGAAGUCUAUUAUGUCUUCACUGCUGCAAAAUUCGAUGGGACCGGCUGCCAGUCCUGAUUCUUUGGUGCCAUUUCUGCGCAAUCUUUGUGUAGGAAACAAACCGGAAUCCUGCAUAGCAUCAAAAGAAGAAAAGACUGAACCAGCUUUGGAGAGACUUCUGUCUGCGCACAUGGAGCGUAUGGAAAGGACACUUAUGGCCCAUAUCGACCAGCGGAUGAGACGUUUACAGGAGCAUCUGGACACUAGACUGGAUCGGCUAUUAAACCUAAUGCAGAACAACACAUUAUCCAAAGACUCGGCAGAAAAACUAGUCAAUGGCCAAAAUGAGCAUAGGCACCAGCAGGACUAUGACUGCGGAGAAUUCAUUAUUCAUUAAUCCAGUCAUUAGUUAUGGGAUUCCUUGCAUGAAUGAUUUUAUGGUCUCUGUGGGUUCGACAUCAAUUCAUUUACUGGUGGAUUUGUGAACGGUUUUCUUGAGGUUUAGAAAAUACUGACAUAUUGAAAAGCUAUACUGAAUAAAUCUCCGGGUGUUAUGUUAUAGGCAUUGUACACCUUUGACACCAAUUAUUUAUACUAUAUGGGGGAGAUUUAUCAAAAUCUGUGUUGCCCCUAACAACCAAUCACAUCGCUUCUUUAAUUUUUCAGAAAGAAGUGAUCUGAUUGGUUGCAAUGGGUAAUUCAGCAAUUUUGAUAAAUCUCACCCUACGUGCAUAUGAAAUAAAAAUAAAUAAAUAAAGCAACGAUGCAAUAGUUCUUAAAACAAUUCUGCAGUUUUGUUUCUACCACCUCCUAUUCAAUACUAUGGGCUGUCAUGUAGAAAAAGGACGGUCCAGUGCUUGACGCAGGGAACAGGUACUUUAUUAGAAUGCCA